AGUUGAAUUGAAUUCGGGAUUAAAUUGUCGUAAAACGUACAAUAGUACAGGCUUGGUAGGUUACCAACAUUAUGUUAACAAUUGACAAUCAAAACAUAACCAAGAAACAAGUAUUAUAUAAAAUUGACAAAUUCUAAUAACUUCAAAAUUGACUGGCCGAUUUAACAAUGUCGUUUCCGAAACUUCUCUUUCUUCGCUCGUUCUUGAAUUCUGAAAGACAAUUAUUGCAAUUUCGUAGACACUGCUCACAUAAUAUCAUGAACCUUUCGGACCCUGCUAUUCAAACAUAUCUUAAGCAUUUGAUGGUAGAGCAUGAAAACUUGCUAAGUAAAAUGAAAAAAUCCUCCGAAGAAGCUAGACGCUUACAGGAAAUAAAACCAAUCGUAAAUGUCCUAGAACAAAGGAUAGCUUUAUAUGAUAGUAUUGAAUCACUUAAAGAAUUAAAUAAAAAAGAAGGUGACGAUAGUGAGAUAAAAAAGAUGAUAAAGGAAGAAGCGGCGAUAUAUCUGAAACGUCUAAAGGAAAUAGAUGACGAUUUACAGUUAAUUCUUCUCGAACCACCAUUAACUGAAGGUGGUGUACUCUUAGAACUAACUGCAGGAGCUGGAGGGCAAGAAGCGAUGUUAUUUGCAAAAGAACUCUUCAACAUGUACCAGUCUUAUGCUAUCAACAAAGGUUGGGAAGUUGAUAUAGCAUCAUUUGACUUAACCGAAAUAGGUGGAGUUCGUAAAGGAUCAAUGUUGAUACAAGGUUUUGGUGUACCUGAACUGAUGAGGAUGGAGGCUGGAGUUCAUCGUGUUCAAAGAAUUCCUGCUACGGAGAAAGGUGGACGUAUACAUACUAGUACAGUCACUGUCGCUAUUUUACCACAGCCCUCUGAAAUAGAACUGAACAUCCCUGAACGUGAUGUAGUAAUAGAGACAAAAAGAGCUAGUGGGGCUGGAGGUCAGCAUGUAAACACAACCGAUAGUGCUGUAAGGCUAAUACAUACACCGACGGGAACAACGGUUGAGUGUCAAGAAGGAAGAUCACAAAUAAAGAACAAACAAAUUGCUAUGCAGAAACUGAGAACACUUUUAUUGGAGAAGCAGAUACAAGAACAAGCUUUAAAACUGCAAAGUGAGAGGAAAUCGCAGGUUGGGUCUGGCAACAGAAAUGAAAAAAUAAGAACAUACAACUUCCCUCAAGAUAGAGUGACAGAACAUCGAGAUGGUGGUGGGACAUUCCAUAAUCUCAAAGGUUUUAUGGAAGGUGGAGAGCAACUAGAACAGUUACAGGAGUCACUCCUUAAGAAAGAAAGACACAAGCUUUUACUGGAAGAAAUUGAAAACAUUCUGAAUAAACACAGAGGAAAAACCAUUGAAAGUAAUUAGUUCGUCCU